GCGCGCUUCGCGUGCAUGGGGCGCCGCCAUGAGCUGCUGAGCACGCCAUGCGGUGAGCACGCCAUGGACCUCCUGAGCGUGUACCCGGGCGUGCGGCCCGUCGCCAGCGGCAGCAGCCUCGCCGCCCUCGCCCCCAACGAGGAUGCCGUCGGACAGAGCGCGGCCCCGGGAUGCUCCAUGGGCAGCCCGUCCAGGAGCCCGCAGGACCACCCCGGCUGCCAGUACGCGCUCGCCGGCCAGGACGACCGCAGCGACGGCGAGAUGACGGACAAUGUGGCGCCGGUGGAGCACCACCGCGGGUCCUGGGCCAGCCCCGUGGAGUUCAUCAUGUCCUGCCUCAACUACGCCAUCGGCCUGGGCAACGUGUGGCGCUUCCCCUACCUCGUCUACCGUAACGGCGGAGGAGCGUUCCUAGGCCCGUACAUCAUCAUGCUGUUCCUCAUCGGCCUGCCCAUCUUCUUCCUGGAGCUCGCCAUCGGCCAGUACGCGGGGCUGGGGCCCAUCGAGGCGUUCCAGCGCAUCUCCCCCUUCUUCCACGGCCUGGGCUACUGCACGCUGGUCGUCAUCACGCUCAUCACCGUGUACUACCAGGUGAUCGUGGCAUGGGCGCUGUUCUACAUCUUCAACUCGUUCAGCUACGAGCUGGGCUGGGGCUCCUGCAAGCACGACUUCAACUCUCCGCGCUGCUUCAGCUACAGCGCCAACGACGAGUGCAUGGCGCAGUCCAACGGCACGGACCCCGCGUCGCUCAUGACGUACUACAACCGGACGUGCGUCAAGAUCGCCGACGUGUGCAGCACCAGGGGCAUGGUGGCCCUCAACGCCACGCACUGCGGCAACGCCCAGGCCCAGGAGUCGCUCAAGACCAUCCUGAAGCGCGUGCUCGCCUCCGAGGAGUUCUACAACGACUACGUGCUGGGACGCAACAACGCCACCUGGGAGAACUGGGGCGAGUUCCACUGGACGCUGUGCCUGUUCCUGUUCCUCUCGUGGGUCGUCCUGUACGCGUGCCUGGCGCGCGGCGUGCAGAGCUCCGGCAAGGCGGCCUCCGACGGUGUCCACCACGGCAGCGUCUUCGUCGCUCUCUCUCUCGCCCCCAUACUCUGCAGGGGCGCGUCGCUGGAGGGCGCCUGGGAGGGCGUCACGUACUACAUCACGCCGCGCUGGGAGACGCUGCUGGACGCCAACGUGUGGGGCGACGCCGCCUCGCAGGUCUUCUACUCGUUCGGCAUCGGCUGCGGCUCCCUCAUCACCCUCUCCUCCUACAGCAAGUUCUCCAACAACUGCCACACCGACGCCCUAAUCGUGUCCGUCGCCAACCUGGGCACGGCGGUGUUCGCGGGCUUCGCCGUCUUCACCGUCAUGGGCUUCCUGGCCAACCAGCAGGGCGUGGCCGUGACGGACGUGGUGGACUCGGGGCCGGGGCUGGCCUUCGUCGUGUACCCCGAGGCCAUCCUCCGCAUGCCCGCCCCGCAGGUCUGGGCCGUGCUCUUCUUCUUCAUGCUCUUCAUCCUGGGCCUCGGCAGUCAGUUCGCCGGCGUGCAGGCCAUCACCACGGCGCUCAUCGACAAGUGGCCCAACCUGCGCAAGAAGCAGUGGCUGGUCACCAUGCUGUCCUGCCUCGGCAUCUUCAUCAUGGAGAUCCCCAUGUGCUACUCGGGCGGCGUCUACAUGUUCACGCUGCUGGACUGGAACACGGCCUCGUGGGCCAUCCUGCUCAUCGGCUUCGCCGAGAUCAUCGUCGUGUCCUGGGUGUACGGUUGCGAGAGGUUUUUGGAAAAUCUUUCCGAGAUGGGCAUCAAGUUCUACCGUCCGAUCCGAGCGUACUGGCGUUUCGUCUGGGUGUUUGCUUCUCCUAUCAUUUCUCUGGCCGUCUUCCUGUUCGUCAUGAGCCAGUACGUGCCGGCGGCGUACGGCUCGUACAAGUUCCCGCCAUGGGCCGACGUCAUAGGCUGGCUCAUCUCCAUCUCCACGCUGCUGCCCUUCCCCGCCUUCGCGGUGUACCGGAUCAUCUACGGCAAGGAGGUCGGCAAGGACCUGUACCGCGCCAGCCCCAUGUGGUGCCCCCGCGAGGACGGCACCAAGGUGGUGGACGAGGAGCGCUCCUCCAGCGACUUCCGGGAGGGCGUGGGGGCCGUCAAGCUGGACUGCCUCAACGGCAACGGCCACAUCAUCUCGCACUUCGUGUACGACAACGUGGCCUUCGCCCGCGACUCCGUCCGGACCUAGACGACCUUGACCUUGGCCGUGACCUUGGCCUUGGCCUCGGUGGCAGAGGGCGGAGAGGGCCGCCCGAGCACAACACCGCCAUCCCCUCCCCGCGAUCCCGUCCACCACCAUCACCGCCCCGGAUCGGAUACCUUCUUCUCUUAUCGCAUGCUGUAGCCUCGAGAUCGAGUGGACUCUUCUUACGAGCAAAAUCUAAAUCUCCCCUCCAGACUUGGGACAAGGGAAUCAGGGCGAGGAGUGCGGUUGUGCGGGAGACGGGCGAGACGGAGACGUGCUCCCAACUCCGGUUAGCCAUAGGGCCAGUGGUGCAUUCAAAGAGUGUCCAAAUGUGACUCCCAGCUGCAUUUGGCUGUAGCGAAAUGACCCUUUGUUUUGCUACUCACUCAGUUUUGUGAUAUUAAGUUUUUCUUUUUCCCCCUUACAUGAAUCAAAGUCUGAAGCUUCAGCACAGAAUUAUUCCAACUGCUCAAGCAGGUCUUGAGCAAAGUCACCAAAUAAAAAGUAAAUUAUUAGUCUUUGUUAAAUUAAAUUACAAGAUUCUUUUAUUGUUAUUUUCAUUACUUGAAAAAUAUCAAUAUGGUGCUUAAAGUCAUUAUUUUUCUUCGUUAUUUUGAUCCAGCGCUUUAAGCGCAGACUUAUCCCAUGAGAGAGUAUGAAACUGGUAAGUUAUUUGUGAUAUAAAUCGUGUUACAAUUAAGUUGCGAAAGCAAUGAAAGUUUAGAAUAACUUUAGGUGAAAUAAUUAGGCUCAUUGAUUAAAUUUUAAUGGACUCUAUCCAAGCCUAUAAGAGUCGUUAAGCCUCAGAUCUUUACUGAAUUGCUCAAACAGAUUAUUUUUUAAAACCCACCGUAGAGUGUUGAGAUUUCAUGUCCGCAUUACCUGGUAAUUUACAAUUGCUUGCUCACGGACUUCUUACAAUGCACUAAGUGGAAGUGGUGAGCAGCAAACCAAUCAUAAGAACAUGGUUUAGUUAAAAAUGGAACACCAAAUUUCUGUUUAAAUUCUUUUAUUCCAUCCUGUUCUGCAAUAGUACAACACUAUCUAUAAUAAUGACACAUCUGAUGUAUCAAUUCUGAAAGAUCUAACAAUGAUACCAUAAAGGCUUUCAAAUAAAAUUUCUCUGAGAUCUAAUGGUUUUAGCAAGGCAAUAAAAUUUGAUGUACUUUAAUGGUUGGUUUAUGUACAUUCAGAACAAAGUAAAUAACUCACCAAUGUCAGAGUUUUUGUGUAAGAGUACUUGUGAAGGUGUAAGUUAGUUCUGAGCUCACGGGUAGAAGUUAAAGAAGCAAUGUCAUUAUUUGUACAGACAGAAGUAAAUGCCCCAGGAUGCUUACUCUUACUCAUGCCAAAUAAUAAUACUGUAAGUAAUGUAUUUGUAAAAUAGGCUGGAUAGUUAUUAGAAUAUGUUUAUAUUUUGUGUCAAAGUAAUUCCAGUUAGUAGAGAAGAACAAUGACAAUUCUUACAACAGGAUGCCAUGGACAUGAAAGUCAUAUAUGGAGUUUCUGAGGCACAAUAAAGACUACAUUCCUUUUGUGCGAUCAAUCAGAAGCAUUUUUAAUGGAGUCCUUGAAAGGACAGAGAUAUUUGUUGCAUUUAUGUCAGCAACACAACUAACGACCAGGGGAGUCCUGUUUCUUCAAGAGAAGAUAGUCAUGCAACUUCUAAUCAAUUUCAAGGCUUCUCAAUUCGAUUUGAAUCUAAGUUGUGAAGAAUUAUCAUUGUCCUAAGUUGUGAAAGGAAGGUGACUUUCACAAGAUGGAAACCGGCAUGCAGGGUUUAAAGGGAAAGGUGAAAGGAUAUUUGCACUUUGGUUUAAAAUGUUCCUAGAUUCGAUUUGUUUUUGGUUUCACCCUGAGUUUCUUUGAGACCGUAAAGAAGUGGUGGGUGGCACAUAAGGCAAUCGAAAUGUGUAAGUAACCAGUAUUGAACAAGAGAUUUAAAAACAGGUUUUCAGGAACAGUGCCUUAGAGAUUAAUGCCACCAAAAUUCCAUUUGAAACCAAAAAUCCUUUUUUUGUAUGCAAGGAAAUCAUUCACCUACUAUUUACUGUGAUAACAUUUUAAGUGAAUUUGUAAUGUCUCAUGGAGUUAACGCCUCUCAGCAAUCACUUCAGAAACCAAUUAUCAUUAUUUCAUUAUCUUUCUUUCUGUUUUUUUUUUUUUUUUGCAUGCCCAAUUUUUAAAAAUAGAUACAAAAUGUGGCCUUGUUGGUUGUUUACUUGCACAAGUGAAGGAGUCAUCUCUGAAAUAAUUCACUAUGGGUUUGAGAAGGGAACUCUGAGAAAUGAUGAGAAUGGCCCUUUAUUAUGUACUUUAAAUAACUAAUACAUUAUUCAUAAGUUCCGUUUGAAAAAAUUAGUUGUGCAAAGGCACAAAGUUUUACAGUCUGCGAAACACCAAAUCCAAUUUCAUGAAUAAAUGUACAUAUACAAACAAAGAAACUAGAGCUAACGUGUAGCUGUGUGCUUUCUGUGUUACAUGUUAGCCUGUGACUUGUAGAGUUCUGAAAUAGGACUCUAGUGACUUGUCGGAAUAGAGUUGAUGUGAGCCAGUAGGAUGGGGUAGAACGCGAUUGAUAAAAUAUUCAAAGAUGUUUUGUACGAAUUCCAUCAGCGUUGUAGUGAUAAUGUAGAGACAUACUGACAUAUUAUAAGUGCAAGACAUUCCCCUUACAGUCCCUUCCUGUUGCCACUUUCAAUUCAGAAGGUUUCUUAUGUCGGGUGAGUAAAAUUGUAAGUUUUAUCCAAACUUGACCAGAAAAAGGAUGAUACAUCAUAUUGCAGAUAUCCCACUUGUCAAACUCUUAAAAGCAAGAAAAUGAAUUUAUAGAUACAUAAUUAUAUAUUUUACUUAAGAAAUUGCAUUUGAAUACAACUGCAUUUGAAUACAUCUAUUUCUAUAGUACAGGCAGGAAAAGCUGGUUAUUUUGUGGAUAAAGUUGCCCAAACCUUAUUUUGGAAGAAAAAAGAAAUGACAACUAGGUAAAAUUUACCAUGAGGCAGCAUGUGCGCAUGAGCAAUAUUUUUAAAAUAUGGAAAAAAAAUAUUAUGUAACUUAUUACGGCUCAAAGACCACAUUUAGAUGACUAACAGAUAGUUGCCCCAUGGUAGACUCCUCAUCAUGUCACUUACAAAGAUAUGUAUGGUCACUUGAAUGUAUGGUCACUAUGGUCAUGUUAAAAUACAUCACAAGAAAAGGACAGUGAAUGGAAGCUAGUAUUUUUAAGUGAUGUGCAUCUAAGUUGAAAUGUGUGCCUUUUUGUUGAUUUUUUUUGUUGACUUUGCAUUUCCAUGUGACUAACAAUGUUUGAUGAUUGUCAUAUGGUGUGUUUGCGUUUGUGAAAAUUCACUUCAUGUGAUGUGUUUGUAGGAUAGAUAAUUUGAUAAAAUUUUGUCUCAUUCAAAGAGCUCAAACAAAAAUUUCAGCAUCAUCGUUUUGUAAGUUGUUUUUAUAGCUCUGCUGGUUUUUUUCUUUGUAUGUUUCAGUUUUGUAUUACCUAGAUCUCAAGUGACAAAAUACAUCUCAAUGAAGUUA